GAAGUGGAAGGAGUAACAGCAGCACAUCAGCUGUUUUUUUUUUUCUCUGUUUUUAUCGUGAAACUGUGAAUAAAAUCAUGCAGCUUCACUUCACUAAAGAUGUUUUACCGGACUCUGUGAGCACCGACUUUCAGAAUCUGAACAAAUUCAACGAGCAGCAAUUUCUACGUCUGAUUGAAAUUCUGUUCCAGUUUCUGUUGGAGCCGAAAGAGUCGGACAGGUUCAUGCAGCAGCUCAGUGCGUUUGCAGGGGAUCAUGGGAUGAGCGCCGGACCUCUGAGGAACCUGAUGAAGAGCGUUCUGUUGGUUCCACAAGGAGCCCUGAAGAAAAACCUGUCACAGGAGCAGAUUAAAGAAGACCUGGUCACGUUAGGUCUGAACGAGGACAAAGCAGAUGUUUUUUCACAGCAGUGGGCGGAGCAUUACGCUGUUCUGUCCAGACUCGCCGUCAGACAGACUCUGAUGGUCAACCAGCUCGUCGACAUGGACUGGAAGUUUGGAGUGACCGUCGGCACCAGUGAAGUUCAGAAAGUGGGAAACAUCUUCCUGCAGUUGAAGCUGGUGAUCCGGAAAGGAAACUCCACAGAAAACGUCUACAUGGAGUUGACGCUUCCUCAGUUUUAUCAUUUCCUCCAUGAGAUGGAACGAGCCAAGGCCAGUAUGGACUGUUUCAGCUGAGUCUGUUCAGGUUCUAGAAUAUACGUCCACACAUUUGUACGCACAUCAGCCAGUAAAGUGAAUUCAAUAAAGCA